AGGGGCCUGCGUGCCCCGCCGGGGUCCGUGCGCUGCCCGCCAUGCCCGGCCGCCCCGACGAUUACGAGGUGCUGCUCACCAUCGGCGCCGGCUCCUACGGGAAGUGUCGCAAGGUGCGCCGCAAGGCCGACGGCAAGAUCUUGGUAUGGAAGGAGCUGGACUACGGCGCGAUGACGGAGUCGGAGAAGCAGAUGCUCGUGUCGGAGGUGAACUUGCUGAGGGAGCUGCGGCACCCGAACAUCGUGCGCUACUACGAUCGCAUCAUCGACAGGAGCAGCACCACCCUGUACAUCGUCAUGGAGUACUGCGAUGGGGGGGACCUGGCCAGCUUGAUAGCCAAGUGCGCGAAAGAAAGGCAUUUCUUGGAUGAAAACUUUGUUCUCCGAGUGUUGACUCAAUUAACGUUGGCCUUGAAGGAGUGUCACAGACGGAGCGAUGGUGGAGUCACUGUGCACCGUGACCUGAAACCAGCAAAUGUCUUUCUAGAUAGCAAGCAGAAUGUGAAACUUGGAGACUUUGGACUGGCUAGGAUAUUGCACCAUGACACCAGCUUUGCCACAACGUUUGUUGGCACUCCCUAUUACAUGUCUCCAGAACAAAUGAACUACAUGUCAUACAAUGAAAAAUCUGACAUCUGGUCACUAGGAUGUCUCAUGUAUGAAUUAUGUGCUCUUUCGCCUCCAUUUACAGCUUACAACCAAAAGGAGCUGUCAGAAAAGAUAAGGGAAGGGAGGUUCAGGCGAAUACCAUAUCGUUACUCAGACGAGCUGAACGACCUUCUCAAGGAGAUGCUGAAUGUAAAGGAUUACUGCCGACCUUCUGUUGAAGAUAUCCUGCAGCACCCCUUGAUAGACGGUGUGGUGACAGAAGAACAAAAACAAAAUUUUGAUAGAAGAGGCUUGAGACCAUGGGUUCCAGAAAGGCUGCAAUACUCAGACGUUGCAGUGAAUGAGCUGAAACGGAAGGAGCAGCAAUUACAGGAGCGAGAGCAAGCCAUUAAAGAGAGAGAACAACGUCUGGAGCAGAGAGAGCGGGAACUCUGUGUUCGGGAGAGACUGGCAGAGGACAAACUUGCUAGAGCUGAAAACCUGAUGAAGAGGUGCAGCUUCCAAAAGCAGCAGCAGGAAGUAACGUGCGUGGAAGGUCCAGAAAUGCCUAUCAGAGCAGAAAAGGACAAAGUAAAAAUGUCCCUAGAAAAUAACGCACUCCCGCUUCCCCUUUCUACAACCAAGAAGAACUCACUAUUAGAUGGAAGUGAAGAGAAAGCUGUGCCUCCUCAUAAUAUGGAAAACUAUCUCCUUUCCAAAGGGAAAAGCUCUGAUCUCAAAAGGCGUCUAUAUGCUGCAAAUCUACGGGCUCAAGCACUGGCUGAACUGGAAAAAAACUAUCAACUAAAGAGCAGACAAAUCUUGGGCAUGCGUUGAAACUGUAACAGAAAUAUUUAUCUUUGAAAAGAAGAUUAAAUGUAUAGGCAGAUACUUGUGCCUCCCUCUCUUAAGCUAGAACCCACUGAAAAAUUUAACAGUUGUAUGAACUCUUAGUUUAUGACAGGUGGUUUAUGAUAAAUGCAUAAGAUGCUAUAUGAUGAAAAUAGGUACUUUUGAUACCAAAUAAAACAAACUGAAUUAACUAUAUUAGUAAAGAAAAAUAUUUUGGUCCUCCUGUUUACCACAUUAUAUUCUUCUAAAAAUAUAAGGAAUGAAUAUGUGGAAAUGAUUUGUUUAAAAUCUGAUGUGAAAAGCUUUUCAGGUGAACAAUGUUCAGAGAUUCACAGUCUGUAGGUUAAAAUGAUGCUGUAUGUAAUGCACAGUUGUUGAUAAAGGAAGUAUUGAUAUUCUGUAUAUGUGGAAAAACAGUGCCUUUUCUGCACUUGUAAAUAUGUUUUAACAAAUUAGCAAAAAGAUUUUAUGUAUCUCUUC